AUGACGAAUACAGAUACUAAUAAAUUCUAUUUCGAUCGUAAGAAUUAUUUCGUACGAUUUAUUCCGCAUGGAAAUGAAUCGGCACAGACAACCAGCAGUCAAAUCAGUAAAAAUAUCAGCCAUGCAUUAGAAUAUUUUGUUGCGGAUCUGAGACGUGAUCGAAAUAAAACAAUAGAACGAUUUCUCAGCGAAGAAACUCUUGACAACAUUUUUAGCUCAAUAGCACAACUAUUGUUGAAUGAAGAUAAUCGAAUUUGUGGUAACAGCGCUUAUAUAAUUGGUAGUGCGAUUGAAUUUGAAUCCGGAUUGAAACGAUUUCUAACUAUAUUCUCACAAGAUCGUACAGAAAGUACCGUGGAUAUCAUCAGAACAUUAAGCAAUUUAUUAUCACAUUCGGAUUCGGAAUGUGCAAUGAACGCAGCGGGCAUACUUGGUACUAUAUGCGGUUCAAAAGAAGGGCGGAAUCUAAUCUUAAAUCACGCGUGUAUAUCACAAAUGAUCACUAAUACAUCAUCACUAUUAUCUUCUGAAAACUCAUGGAUUUCUAGUAACGCAGCAUUAGUAUUGGCUAGACUCACUGUUGAAGAACUUGGUUAUCAAGCAAUAUUAACGCAUCCAAAACAUCGACAGAUUUUGAAUGAGAUGCUGGCUGCGCUUGACGUGAGUUAUCCGGGACGAGCAACGAAUGCUGCGUUUGCAAUAGGACGUUUGAUCGAAAGAGACGAGGGAAAGAAAAUCUUUAUAGCUGCUUGUGGACAAUACAAAAUUUUUGACGCGCUGUUAUUGAUGAUGGAAGUGAAUGAAGAAAAAGGUCGAUACUUUCCAUCGGAUUCUGCUNUAGCUGCUUGUGGACAAUACAAAAUUUUUGACGCGCUGUUAUUGAUGAUGGAAGUGAAUGAAGAAAAAGGUGUAAAUAAGAACGCUUGUUAUGCCUUAAGUUGUAUAUGUACAACGCCAUUUGGUUUUCAAUUGUGUCUUCAAUAUAGCGAUACUUUCCAUCGGAUUCUGCUCGCAAUUGAAACAAUCCUGUUAUUAAUCGACCCUGAAACAGUCUGGUUUGCGUUAAUGUGCUUGCGAACAAUUGUGCAAUAUGAAGAUGCUAACGAACAUAUCUGUCAGUCAAAAACAUUGGUCGAAAAGUUACGAGUAAUACGCGACAAAUGGACGACGCAUAAAGACAUUCAAAACGAAGCCAAAGUUCUCUGGUAUAUGAUACAUCGAAAUAUUCAACCAAGUUGUCCAAAAAUUAAUGAAUGUCUCAACAAUUCGGCUGAUAUAUCGUGGGACAUAAGUGUACAUAGUUGGAAUGAUGAUGAGUUGCAGUUUCGAAUACUUCUCAAUGAUCAAAUAGUCGCUCAAACAAAUCAAACAAAAUAUCAAUUAAAAGAUUUGCAACCGAACACGAUGUACUAUCUACAAAUUCAAUAUAUCACACCAGAAGGAGAGAAUAUCCGUAGUGAUCCAGUUGCAUUUCGUACUGAUGACGAAUUGCCUCCAUCUGUAAAUAAUCUCCGUGUUGAACGAACAACUAUGACAGCUGCUCGUGUAGCUUGGGAUCCACCAGAUCUUACUACUUGUAACUCACUGCGAGCUUAUCAAAUUUAUUUAAAUGAUGAAGAGUACGGAUGUACACUUGAUUGUGAGAUGACCAUUGGUUCACUUUCAGCUAGUACAACCUACCAGGUUGAUAUAUGCGCUGUCAGUAAUAAAGGUAAAGGACCACGAGCAACAAUUAAUGUUACUACAGCUUCAGCAGGCGAUUCCAAUCCAGCACCACCAACAUAUUCAGUUAUAGGUCGACGAGAAAUAUUCGUCAAAUGGCAACCACCUGACGUGAUUGCUGGUCGUCUCACUCGCUACGAAUUAUUUUGUAAUCGACGAUGUAUAUAUUCCGUUAUAGGUCGACGAGAAAUAUUCGUCAAAUGGCAACCACCUGACGUGAUUGCUGGUCGUCUCACUCGCUACGAAUUAUUUUGUAAUCGACGAUGUAUAUAUUCCGGUACAGCUCAAGAACAUCGUGCAACAAUGCUCAAAUCAGAUACAGAAUAUACUAUGGAAGUAGCGGCCGUCACAAGUGAAGGUCGAUUUCGCAGCAAACCAGCAAAAACUCGAACUUUGAAAGAUGAAUUUAAUAAUGCACAUCGACAUUCACUUUAUGAACCACUAUCUCAAAGUCCGCCCCGAAUGAAACGUACUGAAACAGUCAGUUCUUUGUAUUCCUCAGCAACGAAUAUUAGUUCAUCAAAAGCGUCAAUGUCUUCUGUUGGGCGACGUUUAUUGCGAGAAGGAACACAUGCAAGUCGAAAUGUCGAUAUGAGUACUACUGUUCCCAUACAACUCGCAUCAAGCAAUCUGAGCAACAAUCGUACUUUACCAGCAUUAGCACGAAGUCUUCAGCCUCGUGCGCCCGAAUCCAUUAGAAGGCGUGAUGUGCAACGAUAUCGAACUGAGCCCAUCUCGGCAAAUCAACUUCAACCUCAAACGAAAUUCAUAUCCGCUUCUAUGAUUGAACCUAUUCUUGAAAUCGAUCAUAAACCUCGAGUGAGAUGGGCAUCGCCAGUCCGACAAUCCAUUCCACAAACAACAGCAUUUCGACUUUCAGCAACGGACAAAUCAACAUUGAGUAUACGCGAUGCACAACGUGCAGAACGAUCUGUAUCGGUUUCAUUGCCAGAUUUGCCAUCGAAUGUACCACGAAGCCAAUCAUGUCAUCAAAUUCUCAUUUUCUCUUUCGUAAUUAUGACAUCGAAUGGCUGGUUCAAGAGAAUAAAAGAUCAAGCACAAACAGUACAAGGCUCCGCGAAGAAAAGUCUGGUAAAAUUCACUGAUUCACUUGACAAGAAACUCAAAGAAGCUCAAGAUGAUUUAGAAAAGCAACGUCUCAAAGCUGAAUCGACGAGAUUAGAAGUUGUUCAGCAAAAUAUCUGGCGACCUUCCGUAGAAAAUCCAGAUGGUGCAAUUCUAACUGUAACAAAACCAGUGCCACUCGUAUUACACACUAUUCCAGCAUUACCAGAAAUUCCCUCGAUACCUAGCCCAACUUCUGAACCUUUAACGAUACCUCAUACCAAAGGAAGACGACGUAGUUCAAAAAAAAAUGGUGCAGUCUCUGGUUCAUCUUUGACUCUCGAUGCCGAUAAUGAAUCAAGUCGUGAACCUAAGAUUCAUUCCAACGAACUGAAAAGUAAUGAGAAACAUGCUAAACUGCCUGAAAAUACGAUUAUCACCGAGCAAAUUAAUCGCGAACAAGUCAUUGCAUGUCUACACGAACUAUUGGAUGUAAUAGCAAGUGUUCAUGAACUUGUUGACAACACUGUAACCAUCGAUACAUUGGAAAAAGAGAAACUUCAACUAGCACAAGAUUUAGUCGAACAUUGCGACAUUGUUACAAGUAGAUCCAAUGAAGAGAUUAUUGAGCAGAAUGAACUUUUAGAUGAAUCCGAAGACCAGAAAAAUAUCAAUGAAGACGCAAGAGACGACGAUCAUCCGUCAGUUGAACUACCGAAAGAAGAGGAACUGCAGACGCUAGACUUCAUCCCAACAGAAGAUGGCACUCGAAUUGCACAAUUUGACUUUGAAACUGUUCAAAAAGAAACAUUCGUGUCUACUACAACGGUUGAAGAUCCGAAAAAUGCAUUAAAUGAAACGCAAUCUCAUGUUGAAGACAAUGAUGAAAACAAGACCAGUGAUGAACCAUCAGCACUCACUACUAACAACGACAUUUUGGCGGCAUCCAGUAAUGUUGAUGAUGAACAAUCAUUACAGUGCACACAUGUGGAUACAGACUCAAUCGAACAUAAAGAUCAAGAUGCAACCGAAGAUGAAUUAUCCACAUCAACAGAUAAUACAGAAGAUAUUUCCAAAACACCGCACAAUGAACUGGAGGAUUCAUUUGAAAAAAUGCCGUCUUCUCAGUCAAUCAUACAGCAGUCAACGGAAGAAAUUUUACAGAAAUCUACUAGUUUAGCUGAACUGCGUAUGUUUCUCGCUAAAAUCGACAACGACUCCGACGCCGAUGUAGAACUCAUAUCGAUCCAACAUCAAACAACAUCGACCGAUGAAGUCGAUAGUAAGUGUUCUGAAAUAAGCGACGAUAUAUCUUAUGCAGACGAUGCCACCCACACAUCAGUUUGUUCAAAUUCACCUUCAAUUCAUUCAUUGGACUAUGUUACUACGGAUUCAGCAAGUGACGACGUAUUUGUGGACGAAUCGGACGAUCAAAGAACUUCCACAAUUACAAGCGAAGAAAAAGUAAUAGAAAGGAAAUAUUUUCCAUUGGCUUCUUCUUACUUACUUCCAUCGGGCAUCAAAAUUUCCUCCAUAACUUGUUCGUCAACCUAUAUUUACGUGUGCACGAAUAAUCAGAAAAUUUUCUAUGCUAAAGUCGCUAACGAUUCCGAUCUUAGUUCUCAAUUACAAUGGCAGCAGCACUCUGACUUCGCUGAACAACUUGCUGUUAGCGUCAGCAAUCGAUCUGUAUGGCGUCUAUAUAACAAACGUCUCUAUUCAUCGGUCGAUGCCAUCAAAUUCCCUCCAAUAGGUUCUCGAUGGAACGAAAUCAAGCUAGGGUCGAUUUUGUUAAGCAUGUCAAUCAACGAUCAAUGUGGCUGGUAUAUCAAGAAAGAUGGCUCACUCUGGUUUAUUCGAACAACAAAUAAUGACAAGCAACAAACAUUGAAUGUUCCAUGUCCGUUCCAUUUGAUAGGUGUAUUCUGCUUUGCUGAGAAGGUGGGUGUAACAGCAUCCAGCGGAGAAAUUAUGAUACGCGUUGGAUGUACCAAUGACUGUCCUGAAGGUGACGGAUGGAUUUUUAUUGAUCAUAAUUUUGGCCCAAUUGAUGACUUUGUGUUAUUGACAAAUACGGAUACAAUUUUCAUUGUGGAUAAACAGCAUCGUCUAUGGCUACAACAAUGGUCGACGGAUCAAGGCUUUUUCGAAGUCUUGCGUCAUGACGAUUGGACUGUACAUCAUCGGCGACAUAUAACUAGUGUCAAUUCAAGUCUAAUAUGUUUAACUGAUUGUGAAGAAAAACUGCAUAUUUUCUCGAAUUUUCUAACUGGUAUUCAAUGGAGAUUGAUUCAGAAGACAACUCGUUUACAACGUUUAAUCGGUGUAUUUUCCAAUGAAAGCCAUGUGUGGGCAUUGAAUACUGAUCGAAUGAUCUGUACAUCGAAUCAUCAAACACUUGAAAAACCGCGACAGUGUCAAUACAUAACCCAUGCGACAUUUGUUCCAAAUAACUUGUCGGAAAACACUGUCCUCUGGUCGUUGGAUGAAUCUUGUAAUAUUUAUGUUCGGCCGAACAUCGAAAGUAAUACUCAAUGGGAACAGUUAAAUCAAAGUCAAUUCGAAUGGAGUCGAAGGUUAGUACAUAUGGUUUGUAAUCAGGCAGGUGUAUGGGCUGUUGAUGAUCAAGGAUUAAUUCAUUUCCGUCAUGGACAUAUUUCUGCGAGUGAAAACAUUGUUGUCAAUGAAUUGUCGUUAUUACCACCUGCUUGGAUCACAAUUCCUGGAGAAGCAAAGCGAUAUCGAUAUUUUUCACAAGUCUUUUGUGGACCAGCAGAUUGGAUGGUUUAUGCAACUGAUAAUAAACAGACUGUUUAUGCUCGACUUGGUGUCAAUGAACAAAAUCGUGUUGGAACAUCAUGGACACCCAUCGAAGAUUGCUCAGCUCUUGAACUAGCAGUUAGUGAACACACGCUGUGGUUAUUGACAAGCUGUGGCGAAAUUCAAUGUCGAGAAAAUAUUUCUCUAACAAAUCCUGUUGGGACACGAUCAAUAACGUUACCGGGCCAUUUUCUUUCUUUGACUGUCUCGACAGACGACAGUCAAGUUUGGGCAUUGGAUUCUGAACGUAAUCUACUGAGACUUGAUUACUUAACUGUUUUAUUUGAAAAAUAA